GUACUUUUCAUUUGACAUUCGGAUGUUUGCAACGAGGUUCAGGAGCUUUAUACGUGGCAGACGAGUUCUAAUACAACACUUGUCUUUGGGCUAAAUUCUAAACAAUCCACAAGAGACAAACCCCAUAAUGGAAGCUCUCACUUCUGAUCUAACAAGUGCCCAAGAAAGGCAGCUGUGUGACUUGCUUGGAGAAGUCAGACUCCAUCUUCUGUACAAGGCCAGUGUUCAUGGAUACUAUGCAAAUUCCUUCCAUGAGAGAUGUGACAAUAAAGGUCCAACAAUCACUGUUGGCUAUAACUCAUCAGGAUACGUCUUUGGUGGCUACACAGCCAAGCCCUAUGCUCAAACAGGACAGUAUAUUAAUGACAACACAGCUUUCCUGUUCACCUUUCAAGGUGGAAAUAUCACCCGCUUUCCAGUUAGCAAUUCUGUUUAUUCUCGUAUUGACAAUGGUAACGGCCCAACCUUUGGCCAAGAUCUGUAUUUUCUCUACAAUAACAGCGCAACCAUUCACUGCAAACCAGGACACUACUACACGUUUAAUGCAGCCACACUCCAUGGGAACAACCUUCAGUUGACUGAGUGUGAAGUUUACCAGGUGAAAGAGAAUACGUUGCUGUCUAAGCCAUGGAGAAACAUUCAGUGGGAGGCUGAGAGGAGACAGAGUCUCAUGGAAUCAAUCAAAAACUACAAACCACUGAUAAAUUCCGUAAGCCAGAUUCGUGUUCUGCUCAUUGGUCCUGUGGGUGCAGGAAAGUCAAGCUUCUUCAACUCCAUCAACUCUAUCUACAGAGGUCAUGUAACAAGUCAGGCAAUCUCAGGCCAUGCUGCCACCAGUCUUACAACACAGUUUCGCACCUACACAGUCAAAUCCAGUCGGGAAGGAAAACCUCUGCCCAUCGUGCUGUGUGACACAAUGGGAUUGGAGGAAUCUGAAGGUGCUGGGCUGGAUAUCGAUGACAUCAGUAACAUUCUGAAAGGUUGCGUUCCUGACAGAUAUAAGUUCAAUCCCAAGGCACCACUUCAGACUGAUGACAAAGAGUUCUGCAAAUCAGGGUGUCUGGAGGAUCAGAUCCACUGUGUGGCCUACGUGUUAGACUCCUGCAAAAUCUCCAUCAUGUCCUCCAAACUGGAGGAGAAACUUGCUGCAAUCCGCAAGAAGGUCAAUCAGAUGGGCAUCCCACAGGUCAUUCUCCUAACAAAGGUAGAUGAAGCUUGUCCCUAUGUGGCAGAGGACCUUCAGAAUGUCUAUCUCAGCCCUUACAUAAAGAACAUGGCCAAGGAGGUGAGCGUUCGUGUCGGGGUGCCCUGUGUACUCCCCGUGAAGAACUACAGCCAGGAGCUAGAGCUGGAGCUCAGUAGUGAUAUCCUUCUCCUCACUGCUGUGGUCCAAAUGCUCCGCUUUGCUGACAACUACUUUGAUGAUAUAAGUCCAGAACUGGCAAAAAAAGUUUAAGUUUGGAAAACCAUUGAAGCUCACAACUUCAGUUCUAGAGUUGUUGCGUUUAUGUGUAUUAAUGCCCAGUAGCCUUAUAAAAAAAGUACCUUUAAACCUUCAGUACAAUAUGAAGUCUCCAUAGUGACGCACCGUCAAGAUGGCUGUCGUUUUCUGGGCUCUUCCCCAACUUUAAUUUUUUGUUAGUUUAUUCACACUGCUUUUGAACAGCAACACUACAUUUUCGAACGCCAUUAUCAAUCACGACAGACAGACUUUGGUGGACAUCAUUUGUCCGUUGGAUGCGCAUUUUACAGCCAAGGGUAAUAGAACUGACUCAGUGACCAUCUUGGACUAC